AAGUGAUAAAUUCACUGUGUAAUAUAAAAAAGGUAUGCAUAUGAUCGGUAUAUUAAACGCGCGGAUAUUCCACAUUUCUAAAUAAAUGAAAUUUCGUGCCAUAGAUCAAAAUACUUUUUAUACAUGUACAAAGAGAUUGGCAAUCGUGGGCUAUUCAAAGUGAAUUCGAAAUUCUGCAGAAGUUUGCGGAAACUGGAAGAAGCCUUACAAUCGGCUAUGCUAUAUUGCUUAAAUUAGGUGGCAUGUAUGCAGCUGGCAACAUCUUUUGGAUAAUGGCGAUAAUUCCGAAGAUAAUCGGCAAAAAUAUGACUUCUAACUAUUCGACACGGCCAGUAGGAUUUCCAUAUCAUGUUGAAUAUUUCGUAGAUGUCAACAACUACUACUAUCCCGUGCUGAUUCAUAAUUAUUUAUCCGGUGUCAUUCGACUCACUGCCAUAGUCGCAUCCGAUACCUGCGUGGCUAUUCUAGUACAACAUUGCUGCGCACUAUUUUCAAUCGUUAGAUACCGAUUGGAGCAUAUACGAAAAUCAAUCGAACAGGAUAAAGAACUCGCUAUGCUGGAUGAAGAUGAUAAGAUUUACGCGAAUUUUGCUUACUGUAUUCAAAAACAUGAAGACGCCUUACAGUUCGCGAGCCUCUUGGAAACUAUUUACUCAAAGGCGUUCUUUAUAGAAGUCGGCUUAAUUGUAGGAGCUAUGAGUCUCUCAGCUGUACAGGCGACCAGUGGUAACAUAACUCCGAGGGAUGCAAUGCAACACGGCGGUUUUAUAACUGGUCAAUUAUUGCAUUUAUUUACCGCAUGCUGGUUAGGACAACAAAUAAUCGAUCAUAGCGAUCGUAUAUAUACAUCAAUUUACCAAGGUGAAUGGUACGAAUCAUCGCCGAAAUCCAGAAAACUUUUAAACGUGAUGAUGCUAAGAAGCACUUCACCUUGCACAUUAACUGUUGGUAAAAUCAUGGUCCUUUCUCUUUCGAGUUUCAAUGCGGUAAGACUCGCCAAUUCCAUCUAUACGACAAUCCCUCUAUAUUUAUCGACCAGAAUAUUUUGCAAAUUUCCAUUUUUUAGAUUGUGCGUGCGUCCGCUUCGUAUUUCACCGUCUUUAAAUCCGUACAAUAAUCUAAAAGUAUCGGAAAUAUUUUUGAGGAGUAUAACAUUAUUAUUAUUGAUGUAAGAAUGUAUAAUACUAUAUUGUCUACAUAAUGAUAGAAUAUAGACAUAAUCUACAUUUACGUAAAGAUAAUUAUAAAUAAGCAUUAACUUAUAUGCACGCUUUUUUGAUAAAGCAUAUAUUGUUUUUGUAAAACAAAUAUAGAAACCCUUCAAUCAUAACAACGAAUAAAGACGCAUCUUCU